UCACAUAUUAUCCUCAAUCUUCAAACAUGGCUGAACGGUGGAACAGGUAGCCCGACGCAUCAAAACACAUAACCUCUAAGAAAAUGAAGAAAACAUAACUUGUUGAGCGGAUCGGAACUCAUUACGAAGCAUUCAGGUGGCUUAACAUCUUAGCUACCGAAAAUUUCAGGUGUCAUUUGAGAUUCAAGGACCUUGCUAUCUGAAAUUGGGACCCGUUUGGAACCUAUUCGCCGCCAGAAGUGCACGGGAAACAAGCCAAGAUCUUCCGCAGCCAUAUCCGCAUCAUAUGAAUGAAUUUGGUGCUGUGACUGGCCGAACGGGUUGAUUGCUCGCACUGCUGUGACUGGGAAGUUGGAUGUGUGUAAAAAUGAGUGUGUGAACUCAAGCAACAACAACAAAAUUGAAGCAGAGAAAUUCUUGACUGAUUUUCCUUCUGGCCUGGGACUUGGAAAAAAAGGAAAAAGGAUUGACAAUAAAAUUAAGUAACAGCCUUGAAACUGGUGUCAUAAUGGCAGAUGAUAAUGUCAAUGAAUUGAUGAGUGCAUCAGAAAUUAUCCAAGAUCGCCUCUACUUUGCAACAUUAAGGAACAAACCAAGGAGUACAACAAACACACACUAUUUCUGUAUUGACGAUGAAUUGCAAUAUGAAAACUUCUAUGCCGAUUUUGGACCAUUGAACCUAGCUCUCCUGUACAGAUACUGUUGUAAGCUCAACAAGAAAUUAAAGUCCACAUCGCUCAGCCGCAAGAAGAUUGUUCACUAUACUUCAUUUGACAGUAAAAAGAGAACCAAUGCAGCCUGUCUGAUAGGAUGCUAUUCAGUAAUUUACUUGAGGAGAACCCCUGAGGAAGCUUACAGACCACUGGUCGCUGGAACCAACCCUCCAUAUUUACCAUUCAGGUAAAGUGUGUUAUAAACAUUAUUCCCUUUGUAGGUGAGAAAGUGGGAUGAAAGGGGGGGGGGUGUUUUUACAGGAAGAGCAGGAGAGAGAGAAAGAAAUAGAUAUUGAAGGAGAACAUGCAGAAUGAGAGGGAUGUAAUGUUUCUUUUAAUUUCAAUAUACUCAAUACUCAAUAUUGUGAAUAUGAUACACAUAUACUUUGCUUUCAUGACAUAAUAAUUAAUAUCAAGAAUUUAUUAAAACAGCUCAAAUUUAUUUUCAGAGCCAAACACAAAUUCCUUUUUUUUGUUUCAUGCGAUCUUGAUUCAUUUCAUUGACAUCUUGAAUGUUCAUUGACCACUCCAUUGAACAUAAUCAUUUGAAUGUAUACGUUUUGAUUUUAAGUAUGUAUUAUACUUUAGAAGGAUGUGAACUGAAGAUUGCCUUGUUUCUUUAUUGAUAAAUGUUGUUAAUUAAACCUAAUCUUGCUUCUGAGACUCCUUUGAUUACUUCCAGAUGUUCCAUCUGUUUCUUUGACAAACAAAAUGAAUCAAUCUUUCUAUUUCUGUCUUGAGUGACUUUGCCUCUGAAGUUUUCAGUUAGUAAAGUUGGCAAAAAUUUAUCAUCAUCGUUGUCUUUUCCAUCUCCUCCCCCUUCUUGACCUGCUUCUUCCUCCUCCCCCCCCCCACUCUGUUUUUCCCCAUCCUCUUUCUGCCACUUCUUCUAGCAGUUCUACCCAUCCACUUCCUGUUGUUUCUCUCUUCCUCUUUCUUAAAACUCAUUUGCUCUUUGAAUACAUAAGAAUAAAAAUAAUACUAAUAGCCCAACAGGGCCACUAAGUGUUGGCAUUUACAAUAUUUGGGUGGCCCGACUCUCAUUUUUGGUUGCCCUGGGCCACUGCUAAUGUCGAGCCCUGCAUAAGGAAAAUGAUCUUUAAUUAAUCCUUGGUAGAAAUGGUUCUUAGUUUGUAGUUUUACCUGUACAUUAAAAGCAGAAAGAAGGUCAAAACAAAAUUACAACUAUGACAAUAGUGUAAUAUAAAUGUAACACGCGGAAACUGAUGUAGAAAGAUGACACACGACACCAUUCCUUGUGUUUCGGUUCGUUUAAUAUCGAUGGAUCGUUACAUACAAAAUUCCAAGUACAAGAACACAAGAUAGAAAAAACCUGCAAAAACCGAUAAGAACAAAACAAUUAAAUAGAAUUAUGAUAUGUUUGAAAAUGCACAAAAUCGAAAUAUACACAUAUUUGCUUGUGACUCCAAGAUAAAACAUUCAUCAAUAUGACGUCAAGUAGACUUGUAAUAAUCAAUGAUAAACAUGUUGUCUAUAUCCAUUCAUUAAAACCUAAUCAAUAUUGCCUGAAUUCAACUCAUCUAAUCACUAAUUCGGUUCCUCCAUCGUUAUGGAUAACUCUUCCAACAAAUAAAUGAAAUACAUCCAUCAAGUGAAAUUUACCAAACAACAAUUAGAAUAUGCCAACAAAUUAACAUUGAAAUACAGUGGUUAAUAAAUGAUAACCACUCACCCUGGCAAUCUGGCCUAGAGGACCAUAUUUCCUCUGGUGAUAGCCUCACCCGCUACACGAAUGUCAUGUCAAAUACCUUUAAAAGGAAAGUAACAAUUAUUACACAUAGUAAGCAAUCAUCGUGACCCUUUACUCUGAAAACACUAAACUGAAACAUUGAAUUAACAAUUCAAUAACCAAAAUCAAUUUAACCAAAAUCUUUCACUCUAAAGAUCAUUUUACUAAAUUGUUUCACUAUAAGAUUAGAACCGAACACAUUCUGUUUUAUAACUACAUACUACAAUCAAGUAUGCAAGUACAAGUGAUU